AUGGAUCACAGAAUUCUAGACCUCAUUCUCGUCUGCGCAAAGGGCCUCAAGAAAUCCAGUUUCAUCGGCAGAAUGGACGUCUACGCCGUCGCUUCCAUCUCCGGCACCACCGGCAAGAUUCAAAAACUAAGAACCACCGUAGAUAAAAACGGAGACACCGACCCCACAUGGAAUUUUCCGAUGAAGUUCAUCAUCGAUGAACCCGCUGCAUUACAGAACAACCACAUACUCGUUGUUAAGAUCAAGGCGGCGAGGAUUUUCAGGGGAAAGAAUCUUGGAGAAGUCCAUGUUCCGAUCAAGGAUCUUCUGGACGGUGUAAAAGUUGAAGGGAAGUCGUUAGAAAGUGUUAGUUAUCAAGUGAUAAGGCGGUCCGGUGAGCCGAAAGGGAUUCUAAGUUUUUGGUAUGAAGUUGGAGAAAAAUUUACAGGUAAGCCGGUAGAAUCGGUUACAGUGUAUCCGCCGCCACCACCACCACCACCAAUGCCGGAUAUUUGGCCCAGUGAGAGUUGGAUUAAUAACUCGGGUAUGGGGCUUGGAACCGGUUUGAUUGGCGGUUUUUGA